CAUAUAAAUAAUAGAUUUAAAAAUGUUAUAUAUUACAAUUUUCAUUUUAGUUUUGGUUUAUUUGGUAAUAAUUUAAUAUCUAGAAUUUUUUCAUUUGAAAUGCGCAAUAAGUUAACAACCUGCUGAAUAAAGUACCGUUGACAGUUGUACGCAAUCGAUAACCGUAUUUGUUGUGUUUUCAUCGUUCUCUGUUUUAAAUAAAACUUUGGAAAAGAUACCGAAUACAUUGUUAUAUUAAUAAUUCUUUAUAAUAUGGGAAUUUUGUGUGCAUCUUGUUGUAAAGAAUCAUCUUCACUUGAAGACACAACACCUGAUUUGGAAACAAGACGAAGAAGACAAAUGGAAGCAGCCGAAAAGAGAAUAGCAGAACAGGAACAACGAGGUAUAAAAGAUAUUGAGUCGGUUAAAAGAAAACAAAAACGUAUUAUGGAACUUGAAAAACGUGAAGAAGAAGCUGGUAAUAUGAGUGGGCAAGGCAAACUUAAGUGGCAAGUGAAUUGAGUCAAGAAAAAUGGGUACAUAGAUAAAGUGCACUUAUUUAAAAACGAAUGAUUAUAUAUAUAUAUAUAUACAUAUAUAUAUAUAAAUAUUAUAUGUCUUGUAUAAAUGUGCAAAGACUAUUAAGAAAACAGUAAAAUAUCUUAUCGGCUAUACUAUGUGAUAUAAUACCGAAUGUUUUGAAUUUCUAUUCUUUAAAAUAAUAGAUUUCUUUUUUUUAAUCUAGAAAUACAUUUUAUUAUUUAAUACAACAGUUCAUGUUUUUCAUUAGACAUCUUUUAGUAUAUAAUUCUAUAGCAUAUAAAAAAGGUUUUUUUUUUUUCUAUAAAACAAGUAUUUACAAUAAUGUUAUAUGAUGUUGUGUUUGCAUAUUUUAUUGCUUCUGUAUUAUUAUUACUGAGGCUUUUUUCUAUUGUAAUACUUUUCAACUAAUAUCUCAUAUAUAUAUAUAUAUAUAUAUGUAUCACUUUUUUUGAAUGUAUCACUAUUACAGAGUUAUCUAUUUUUUUAUAUAAAUGUGCAAGAAGACCAUACAAACUUGUGCAUAAUUUUAAUUAUUACAAGAAUAAUUAAAACUGCUUAUUAAAUAUUAACGCAACAAUUGAAUGUUCCAUUAUUUGUAUCGGUAAUGUGCAUACUUUCAGAAAUAAUUCAUGUGUUAAUAUCAACAAUUAUAAAAUGUAAAAUGAACUUUUGUAAAUGUAUUGAUCUGGAGAUAAAAGACUAAAUUUAUCGAUUAUUGUUUAAAAAUAAAUUCUAUACUAUAUGGAGAGAAAAUUUUUCUAAUAAUUUAUUUCAUUGUACAGUUAAAAUACGUAUAGAAAAUACAUGAUAGUAAUAUUGCAGGGAAAUCCCAUUUAUAAUAUUUACUAUUUAUUACGUUAAAUUAUAUAGAGUAUAUUUUUGUUAUUAAUACACACACACACACACACACAUACAUACAGACACACACACAUAAUCUUGGAUAUAAAUUUUCAAGUAAUAUUAAAUUACAUUUUAUAUGUGUAUUUUUUUGAAUUACAGAUUGUUAAUGUUAUAUAAAUAUGUUUAUUGAUGGUAAAAAAGACUAUCCUUAUUUUUAAUUAUAUAAUAAAUUGUGCUCAUUUAAUCA